UCUCUCUCACCUCACCUGGCUGCUGCAUACCCUGUUGCCCUUAUUUUAUUCCAAAAACCUAAAAGAACCCACAGGGAGGGGAAGGGGAAGGGGAAGGGGAAGGGAAGACUCAUCGAACCUUCCAACCCCAAAUAGAAAAAAGAAGAAAUCGAGCAAGAAACGUCAUAAAAAAAAAAAAAAAAAAAAAAAGAGGAAAUCGAGCAAGAAAUAACACACCUAAAGUCAAAAGUGGGUAGGAAUUUCUCUCUCAACCACACUUCUCUCUGUUUCUUUUCGUAUCAUUCUUCCUCCGCAUUUUUACCUUGAAUAGAAGUAAUUGUCCUCUACAAGACUUUCGAAUUUCGGAAACCCAAGUGGGAGUACAGUUAUCUUAAGUUUGGAUCGAUUAUCCACCUCAAGUAUCAGAUUGCUUACUUUCUGAAGAUUGAAUAUAUUAGCUGUUUCUACCUGAGACAUUGAUCUCAGGGGUUGUGGAGGCCCAAAAUGGCAGACGGCAGUCCGAGGACUGAUACUUCUACUGAUGCUGACACAGAAGACAAAAAUUUGAGGUUUCAGAACAGUCAGUUACAGGUAACGGUUGCUUCUGAUGGAAGUGAUAAGUCAAGAGAUCAGAAGACACUCCGUCGACUCGCUCAAAAUCGUGAAGCAGCAAGAAAAAGCCGCUUGAGGAAGAAGGCCUAUGUUCAACAGCUAGAAAGUAGCAGAAUGAAACUGACACAACUUGAGCAAGAGUUGCAACGAGCUAGACAGCAGGGUAUAUUUAUUUCAAGCUCAGGAGAUCAAUCUCAAUCAAUUAGUGGAAACGGUGCUUUGGCCUUUGAUGUUGAAUAUGCACGGUGGCUUGAGGAGCACAACCGGAGGAUUAAUGAGCUCAGAGGUGCUGUCAAUUCACAUGCCGGUGAUGGUGAACUUCGUAUAAUUGUGGAGGGCAUUGUGUCGCAUUAUGAUGAUAUCUUUAGAAUAAAAGGUGAUGCUGCAAAGGCUGAUGUCUUUCACAUUUUGUCUGGCAUGUGGAAAACACCUGCUGAAAGGUGCUUCCUCUGGCUUGGAGGAUUUCGUUCGUCAGAACUUCUCAAGCUGCUUAUGAAUCAGUUAGAGCCGUUGACGGAACAGCAGUUAUUGGCCAUUAACAACCUGCAACAGUCAUCUCAACAGGCAGAAGAUGCCUUGUCACAGGGAAUGGAAGCUUUACAGCAAUCCUUAGCUGAGACUUUAGCCGGUUCUCUUGGCCCAUCCGGUUCAUCUGGGAAUGUUGCCAACUACAUGGGUCAAAUGGCCAUGGCUAUGGGAAAGCUUGGAACUCUUGAGGGCUUCAUACGUCAGGCUGACAAUCUUAGGCAGCAGACCCUGCAACAAAUGCACCGGACUCUAACAACCCGUCAAUCUGCUCGAGCACUACUUGCUAUCAGCGACUACUUCUCGCGCCUCCGGGCCCUUAGCUCUCUGUGGCUGGCCCGACCCCGUGAAUAACAAGAACAAAGUUUUUUGUAUAAUUAAUUAAUUAAUUCCCAGUGAUGUAUAAUUUGUAGCGGGGCUUUGAUUAGGGAAAGAGUUGCAAGAAUUGCAGGAUGGUGGUCAUCCUAAUGGAAAUGGAAAGGUAGUGAAUCAGUCAGUAAGUGUGUAGAGGUUGAGGAGGGAGGGAGGCAUCAUUGCCAUUAUAGGAUUGCUGCAAGUUUAUAGUUAAUGCAGUAGUAGUAAUCUAUCAAAUCAGAGUCAGUCGGUCAUGUUUGUGUUGAGUGAGUGAGUAAAUAUUUUCAAGAAACCAUUGGUGUCUUUUUUAAGUGCUGAUUCUCAUUGAUGGACUGGACACAGAAACAGAAACACACACCAAUUUCUUAUUAAUGGAAUUGGGAUUGCUUCUUCUCAUUCA